CCGAAUUUCCGCGGCAAAAUCUUGGUUGAUACGAUUGUUCUUGAUCGCGGACUCGGUGGCUGUAAUGUAGUCAACGUACGGUAUACCCUCUGGGGCAACCGCGAAAUUUAAACCGCGAGCUAACACAGAUUUUUCGGGUUUGCUAAGCUGUUUGUCCGAUAGAUUUCUCACCCAAACUUCGUUCUCCUCCAACAAAAUGUCACUGGACAUACGAUUUCUCCAGUGUUUAUCCCUGUCCGCUGCUGUAGAGUGGUUUUCUCGAUCAACUUACCUCGCGAACUUGUUGAUUUGACGACUCUUAGAACGGCCAUGAUCAACUGCGCAUUCUCGGUGAACUUUACCACGCGUUCAUAAAAAUCCUGUGGUAGGCUUUCCACCAAAUGUUUCCUUAGUUUGUCAAGUUUCCCGUGUAAAAUGUCGACGGUAAAAUUUGUUUGCCUGAUACGUUCGUUCACUAAAGAUCUCUCUGCUUUAUGAAUGAUGGUAUGAGCACGAAAUCCUUUGACAGUGGCUUUGAUCCGUGAACUGCGUGGUAUAAUAUCCGACUGCAAGCACCGUAGACUAAACCUCAAAUUGUUGCGAUAUUCCGCUAAUUUCCUCGACGUCUUUUCGAAUUCCCGCACAGGAAUUUUUCGGAUUACAGGAUGUAAUCCGAAAAAUUCCUCGACGUCUCCAAGACAAUAACAUCGACGGUGCUUCGGCGCCAAUCGGCAACAACGAUUUCCCGCCAGAUCAGAAGAGCUGAAGAAGCGUCCCGGAUCGGACGUGAAACUUUUCCUUUGCUUCAACAAUUCUUGCGGAUUAUAUAGAUAAUGACGUCUCUUGCCCUAUGGCGAUCUCUUGUCCUUCAAUUAAAGCACCAGGUUCUGAUGACGUCAUCCAACUGGUGAAGAAGAAGGUACCACGUGGUCAUCCUAUGGCAAUCCCUCAACAGAUGAAAGGAAUUGAUCUGAAUAUUGUAUGCUCCAUACCAGCUUGCUUGUCUAACCCUUGUCUACACGGAGGUACCUGUAAUGAGACCAAUAAUGGAUAUGAGUGUCACUGUCUCUUUAGCUUUACUGGCAAACGAUGUCAAGAAUUAACAUCCAUCCAAGACGACACAACAACACCCGAUUCUACUACUACACUCUCUCCAACUGCCGCUAACUCUGAAUCAACUUCCACUCAGGACGACACGACAACAACAACUACCACUACACUUUCUCCAACUGCCGCUGACUCUGAAUCAACUUUCAUCCAGGACGACACGACAACAACUACUACAACACUCUCUACCACUGCCACUGACACUGAAUUAACAUCCAUCCAAGACGACACAACAACAACACCCGAUUCUGCUUCUACACUCUCUCCAACUGCUGCUAACUCUGAAUCAACUUCCACUCAGGACGACACGACAACAACAACUACCACUACACUUUCUCCAACUGCCGCUGACUCUGAAUCAACUUUCACCCAGGACGACACGACAACAACUACUACAACACUCUCUACCACUGCCACUGACACUGAAUUAACAUCCAUCCAAGACGACACAACAACAACACCCGAUUCUGCUUCUACACUCUCUCCAACUGCUGCUAACUCUGAAUCAACUUCCACUCAGGACGACACGACAACAACAACUACCACUACACUUUCUCCAACUGCCGCUGACUCUGAAUCAACUUUCACCCAGGACGACACGACAACAACUACUACAACACUCUCUACCACUGCCACUGACACUGAAUUAACAUCCAUCCAAGACGACACAACAACAACACCCGAUUCUGCUUCUACACUCUCUCCAACUGCUGCUAACUCUGAAUCAACUUCCACUCAGGACGACACGACAACAACAACUACCACUACACUUUCUCCAACUGCCGCUGACUCUGAAUCAACUUUCAUCCAGGACGACACGACAACAACUACUACAACACUCUCUACCACUGCCACUGACACUGAAUUAACAUCCAUCCAAGACGACACAACAACAACACCCGAUUCUGCUUCUACACUCUCUCCAACUGCUGCUAACUCUGAAUCAACUUCCACUCAGGACGACACGACAACAACAACUACCACUACACUUUCUCCAACUGCCGCUGACUCUGAAUCAACCUCCACCCAGGACGACGCGACAACAACUACUACAACACUCUCUACCACUGACACUGCUCCAGGAUGGAAGUGUACAUCUUCGAAAUGUUAUAGACGGUAUGAUGAGCUGCAACGAAACUGGGCAGAUGCUAAGGCAUCCUGUUCUGGAUUAGACCAGGUGAACACUCCGUAUGGAUACAGAUCGCCUUCUCUACUCUUUCUCAACACUGAAGAAGAGGCCAUCUUUCUUCGGGACAAUUUCGACAUGAACAAGUUCGUGUGGAUCAACUGCAACGACCAGGCAAAAAAGGGUGAUUUCGUUUGUGAUGUCGAUGGUAAUGGAACUUCACCAAGCUCAUUUUGGUGGAAAGACGGAGAGCCCGACGGUAGCUCCUAUGGAGAAGCGGACUGUGUAGCAGUCAAACGCGGAUGGUCUGAACUUCUCAAAUGGCACAACGUACCAUGCUCAUUGAAGAGAUACACAAUGUGUCAGUAUAUAGUCGGACAGCCAGAACAGUAAGGACAACCUUGGCCCAGACAGUACAUAAAGUUUAGUAAAUGAUGGUGGGUCUGCUCUCUACGAUUGAGUACAUUGAUUGUUGU